AAAACAUUAAAAUUAUUGUGUAGUUCUCUGUUAGGUGAACAUAGUUGUCUAGAAAAUUGUUGUGUAGUUGUCUGUUAGGUGAACAUAGUUGUCUGAAAUGUUUGAUUUGUAUUUGUGUUAAUUAUACAAGUCAUUCAAAGUACAAAUUCCAGUUCGCAAGCACUUUCCAGCCCAGUUAUCUGUGUGCUCAUAUUUCAGAGAGGCUGUAAGCUUGGUCAAAGCUGCGCUGACAAAGGAUCAAUUGGAAGAAUUUAAAAAUUUGCCAUGGGGCCACCUACUAUCCGUGCCAGACAUGCAAUUUUCAGGCCAAAUCAUCCAUUCUCUAUUGCUGAGGCUAGUCAAGGACCAACCUGAAGACGAGUUGUGGUUCUUGAUUCAAGGGAGGCUGUUGAAGUUUGCGUAUGCUGAAUUCUGUCACAUAUCCGGUCUCAAAUCAUCAACAGAAAACCUUGUCUUCAAUGAUGAUGAAGAAGUGCAUGGGACGCUAAUUGACAAGUACUUUCGUGGAUCCAAGAACAUUACGUACAAAAUGUUAAAGGACAAGUUGAAGUCAUAUAGGCGUACAAAAAGAGGAGAUCCUGUGAAGCUAGUGUCCGUUUGUUACAUUUUGACGGUUUUACUUGCUCGGGAUAACAAAACCAAGAUAAAUUUGGACUAUUUGAAGUGGGCGGGCGAGUUCGAGAAGUUUAAGAUGUAUCUUAUAUGGAUGUCCACCAAAUUCAGGAAAAGCAAUGCCACAACUGCUAAGUUUACUCUAUAUGGAUGUCCUUUUAUUCUACAGGUAUUUUUCUCAUCCAUUUGUAUAUCAUCAAAGAAACUUAAAUAUGGUUGGAAUAUGUGAUUCAUGAGACUUUGAAAUGUAUAUGGUGCAUUGGUCAAACCAAAUGACAUAACUACAAACUCAAAAUGCCCCACAUGUGUUCUAAAUGUUGUUUUUUCAAUAUCUUCUUCCUUCAUCCUUAUUUUCCGGUAGCCACUACUCAAAUCUAUUUUAGAAAAGAUUUGAGACCCAUGUAAUUCAUCUAACAGUUCAUCAAUUACAGGCGGUAAAAUGACAGCCAAAGGUUGUGUACCCCCCCUAUCAGCAGGUGGAGAGUUUCAUGGAUGUCGUUCUUGGUUGAGAUCAGAAGGUCACAGACAAAGCGUGGGGCAGAGUCCGGAACAGAUCUGGAGUGGAGACAAGGAACGGAAGAUGCUACAGUACUGUUGGACCGUCCCCCUCCUGAACCGCCGCCAUGGAGUGCAGGAGAGUUUAGGAUUUGGAAGCAAUAUUUUAACUUUUUUUGCUUGCUAUUUAUUUUUCAUGAUCAGACUGUUUACUUUUAUGUUGGUUACUUUUAUUGUUGUAAGACUUUUGCAUUAGGAUUGGGUGACGAGAGGUUUGUUUUAACCGUCGUUGGAUCAUUUAAGCCCAUUAUAGGAUCAGUGAGUUAUAUUGUUUUUUAUAGGUGAUUGACUCCAAGUCUGGUUCGAGAGCUGACGGUUGUCUGUGACCCUUGUUAUUUUAC